CUUCGCUUCAACCAACUCGUCUCAAAGUUCACUUUUAAAUUCAUUCUAAGCUGAAAAUUCAUUGGAAAAACACAAAGUUCUCAACCAAAUUUCUCUUGAAAAAUGUACGCAGCUCGCUGCGUCACACGUUCGCUGCCGCGUUGCACGCCCCACUUGCAGCAGAUGCAACGCCAAAAGCCUUUGGUUCGGGCCCACAAUUUUCGUUAUCUGAGCGGCAAGAAUGCGGGCAAACCACCGCCAGUUGCAGGGGGAGCUGGAGCAGUUGUUGUGGCGCCACCAACGGGCAUAAUGCUGAAGAUAAUCAAGGCACGAAUCAUGCCCGAACUGGGCUACGAUGAUCGCAACAUGCGACUCGGGCGCAUACUCUCUCCCGCUCUCACGAUCUACAAGAAGCAGCUGACGUCGGUGCUGUCCAUUCUGCUGCGCAUGUCGGGCUUUGCCAUGACGCUGGGCGUCUGGGCGCUGGGUCUCUCGGGCCUCUGCUCGAAGCGCCACCUGAGCGAGUGGGCGGAGGAGUUGAAGAAGUGCGAAAUGAGUCGCAAUCUGGUCAGUGGCGCCAAGUUCGUGAUGAUCUUUCCCUUUGCCUAUCACGUGGUCGCCGGCACUCGCCAUUUGAUUUGGCAGCUGGACAUGUUCCUCACGAAGCCCGCGAUCUAUGCCACUGGCUAUGCCGCUGUUGUGUUGACAUUUUUGCUGGCUGCGGGCAUGACCGUGCUGAAGACUGGCGAAGAGAUCCAAAAGGAAGUUGUGGAUCUGACGGAGGCGGAAAAAAAGAACAAGGCUGAUGAGCAGAAGGUUCAGGCGGAGGCCAAACAAAAGGCGGAGGCAAAGGCCAAGGAGGAGCAGAAAGCGCAGGCCAAAAAGGCCAAGGAAGAGCCACCAAAGUAAGUGUCUUUCCCGAGU